AUGUUAAGAGGAUUAUUUAGGAAUAAAGCGUUAUAGAAAGUUAAAAUAUAUUCAAGAGAAGUCAGUUUAGAAAAUAAAAUAGAAAUUGAAUAGGAUUUUGAUGAAGAAAAUUUAAAAUAAUAUAAAAACAUAAAUUCUUAAUAUUAUUUCUACUCAUUACUUUUGUAAGAAUAAUCGAGAAAAGCAAAUAUUUAAGAUUAGCACUUCUUAAAAGUAAAAGAUUAGGCUUCUCAAAUACUUACUAAGCAAUUUAAAAUACAUGAGGAUUAUAUUGCAUUUCAGUUUAUAGUAGAUUUUGAUUUAUAUCAUGAAAUAAAUAUGGUAGAAUUGGCUAAAGAUUUACAAAAUAACAAAAUUAUAAUUGAUUAUAAAAAUUUUGUUCCUUUAUCGUUACUGCUUCAAAAAAUAAUUCUAAGAUCUGAAUAUCAGGAAUAGUAGGACAUAAUAUAUGAAAAGAUAUUAUAAUUCAUAAUAUAAUAAUUAAAAACGAGAGUUUAUAGUAUUAACAAUGACGAUUUUAGUAACAUCUUGAAAGCAAUAUUAAUUAUUGUAGAGUCUAACAAAGAAGAUAUUAGUGUUUAAUAACAAAAAAUUGGUUUUAACUAUCUUUAAUAAAAAUUGAAAGAUUAUGAAGAAAUAGAAGAAUUAAAAUAAUCAGAAUUUUUACCUUCCAUUCUCUACUUUGCAUAAAAAAUAUCUCUGGCUACUAAUUAUAAAUUUAAGAUAAAUUAUUAGAAUUAUGAUGCUUUUUUUUGCAAUAAGUUUAAAAGCUUAGACAAUAAUUAGCUAUAUUUUCUUUCAAAUUUUUUUAUUUUGCAUAUGAAGGAUGAGCCUUAACAAGUCUCUCGUUUUUUAGAGCUAGUCUACUUUAACUUGCUCUCUAAGACUAAAUACUAUAGAAGAGAAUAUCUCAUCCGUAAAUUAGGAAUUUAUGAUUUCAAUUAGCCACUAUUCUAGUUAGCAAAAACUGCAUUAACAAGGAUAUUUUUACUUAAUGCUACUUAAAAAGAACCUAAAUUUAGAAAAGAAAUUAAUUUAGUGCCAGCAUAAAAGCUUGAGAUGGCAAUUUCAAUGCUAUAAAGUGUGUAAUUCAAAAACUCUCCUUUGAUAGAAAUAUUUUUAUCUGAAAUAAUAAAUGAGAUUUCAUAAAUUUAUAUACACAUCGUCAAGUUAGAUUAUUCAUAAGAAUACAAUUAAUUACACUCCCUGUAUAAGCAACUUGUUUAACUAAUAUCAUUGAUUGAUAAGAACGUUAUAUAAACAAAUAAAGAUGUUAUUUUCCUAACUUAAGUUAUUUUCAACUAUUACACUCUUCACAAUUAGAAAUUCGAUAGAAUUAUGAAGUGUAGCUUAAUUUAAAUUGUAGAUAAUGUUUUAAACAACAAAAAAAUGUAUGAUUUAAAUUAGGAAUAAGAAAAAAAGGCUAAGAGCGAGGAUAAGUUAAGUUAAUUUUUAAGUAACAAAUAAUUCAAAUUAUUUUUAGAAAUAUUUAAAUCUGAUUUAUUGAAAAUGAUAAAUGGAUCAUUUUAAAACAUUGAAUUAGUAAAUUAAUAACAAGUAAUAAUUCCUUUACUUAAGAUAAUUUCUGAGCUAUUUUCUGAUCAGUUCAAGAAUUGUGAGAACUUCUUAGCUCAAGUAACAGAUAAUAUUCAAAGGAUAAACCAAUAGAAUUAAAGUUACUUUAUAAAUUUCUUGCUUGAUCAUUCAUAAAUACAUCCUGAAUAAGUAAUUGAAGUUGUAAAGAGAAUCAUAGAUUAAUAUGGAGAAACUAAGGUAUUUUAAGGAUGCUUCAUGCUAAAAUCAAAUUUUUUGAUACUUUUUAUGAAGUUUAUAAAUGAAAUUGAAAACAAAGAUAAAAAUUUGAAAUUAUUGCAAAUAAAACUUAAUGAUUUAAUGAACUUUUAACUCAAAAACAUAAAUGAAGAAACUGUAUUACUGACAAUCAAACUGAUAAAGUAAUCAUAAGAGGCUGAUAUUCACUUAAAAGAAAUAGAUUUUCUAUAGGAUGUAUUUUUCAGAAUAAUAUCUGACUCUCAUAAAACAUAUUCUUAACAAAAAUACUAAGAAAUAGUUUCUUUAUGCCUUAGUCUAAAUAACUAUAAUAAAAACUUUGAUGAUGGGUCAGAGUGUUAUACUCAAACACUCUUAGAAGAGCUACAAGAAUAUAAUAAUUAAAACUAUAAUAAGUUUAGUCCUGAAUUCUAAAAAAUUAUUGAGCCUCAUGUUUAGUUAGAAUAGAGUAAUUUAAGUAAAUAUUUUGAUGAAAUAAAAGAAAGAGUUUAGAAUAUGCAAUAAAAUUGA